CCACGACUGACCGGCUACCGGUACACUGUCAGAAUCCAAGGAAUUGAUACUGAGCUACUGUCAUAAUUAAAAUAUAAUUUGUGUUUGCGGAUGAGCGAAAUUAAGAAUUAUCUUGUAUUCGAUACUUUUGAAAACGGACAACAGCACAGUGCAAACCAAAAAAGUGUUAAUCAAGUUCCUGUAAAUUUGGGGGCCAGUUUGAAGGAAAAUAAUCACCAGUUAUUAUUAAAAAUGAAUGAUCUUCAGCAAUUGUCAACAGUAGGCUUAUUAGAGCUAGCUCAUCGUGAAUAUCAAGCAGGAGAUUAUGAAAAUGGAGAACGACAUUGCAUGCAGCUUUGGCGACAAGAUCAAACAAAUACAGGAGUCCUUUUGUUACUCUCUAGUAUUCAUUUUCAAUGUCGGCGAUUAGACAAAUCUGCACAUUUUAGCACAUUAGCAAUCAAGCAAAAUCCACUUCUAGCUGAAGCAUACAGGUAAGAUUUUUUUAAAACGUAAUAUGAAUAAUGGUAG